UGAUGUAGGUUAGCUUGGAGUAUGCGUACUACAACAACGGCUGCUUUCCGCCCGUGACGUCACGUAACGCCAUAUUGAAUUUUUUUUCCGCUUUCCCCCCUCAACAGCAGCCAUUAGCACGUCGCUUCGUGGUGGAUUUACACGUUCGGAAACAUGGAAAUUGACACUCUUCAAGAGGCACUAAAAGAUUUCGAGAAGAAAGGGAAAAAGGAAGUGUGUCCGGUAUUGGACCAGUUUCUGUGCCAUGUCGCUAAGACCGGAGAGACCAUGGUUUCCUGGUUGCAUUUCAAAAGUUACUUUCUGUUCAAACUGGAGAAGGUUAUGGAAGACUUCCGAGCUUCAGCACCAGAGCAGAGAGGACCUGCGAACCCUAACGUGGAGUCUGUCCCGUUUGAGGAGAUGAAAGAGAGAAUAUUGAAGAUUGUCAACGGAUACAACGGGAUUCCAUUUACUAUCCAGCGCUUGUGUGAGCUCCUCACAGAUCCCAAGAGGAACUACACAGGAACAGAGAAGUUUCUCAGAGGUGUUGAGAAGAAUGUGAUGGUGGUCAGUUGUGUGUAUCCCACCUCAGAGAAAAACGGUUGUAGUGGUGUUAACAGAAUGAAUGGAGUCAUGUUGCAAGGAAACACUUCCAUUUUCACAGACAGGAAAGUGAAUGGGCCAGGAACACCACGGCCGAUGAACAGACUGAAAAUUUCCCCGUCUAGUUCACUGGCCACAAAUGGUUUGCUGGACAGCACAGAAAACAAAGACUCAAACACAACGCCUGGCCACAGCAAACCUGUCUGUGAUGUGCCUGUGUCAGGCCUUGGAUCUCCCUUGAAUAGCUGCAUAAAGAACAAGCAUGCAGAUGAGGAAGAAAACCCAGAGGAAGAACAGCAAGAGGUGAAGAGGCUCAAGUUCAGUGAGGAAGGAUGUGAGGAUGAGGAUGAAGACACUGAAGGUGAAUCAGAUGACAAGACCAUGCAGUCUGAGGGGAUGUCUUGUGUGUCGGGAAAUGCAGACUCGCCAUCAUCCAUGACGCCGGAGAAACACGAAGGGCACGAGGGUGAGCGGGAGGAUGCCAGUUCAACAGCAGCUUGUGAGGACCAAGAGCCAUCCAGUACGCAAUCCGACUGUGACGAGAGGGAAGUUCCUUCUGGUUCUGUCCAGGAACCCAGUGACAUGGACCAGUCAGAGCAGACAGCUCCUGCUUCCAGCCCUGAGAGGCAGGAGGAGGAGGGGGAGUGCAGCGAGCCGGACAGUAGUAGCAGCAGUAAUGAGCUUGGAGCCGGCCCUGACGCCUCAUCUGACUCCGCCCCCAGUGGUGCAGACUCGCCCACAGAGGGCAGAGUGGAGUUGGGGGAUCUAGACUUAGAAAACACAGAAGAGCCAAUGGAGCAGGAUUAAGGCACCACCUGAACACAGACUUUGUAGCAUAAACAGCCAGCGUGUGCAGAUUUCAGAACACACUAACAGUAACAGGAUGGGCUCUUUAACUGGGGCCAACAACAGCCUUUUGGUCCAGUGUCAGCUACUUUUUUCCAGCUUUCUAACCUGUUAUGGGUGGACACACUAUGCUGGUGUACAUAUGUAAUUUUUUUUUUGUUUAAUUUCCUUUUUAGUUUUGUAUUGAAGGUUUUAAACUGGAAGUAUUCAUUCUCUUUCACUUACACCCUACCUUAGUACCACUGAACGCAGUUGGUCUUCAGAGGCAUUUCCCCUUCUGUUAUAGUCCAGCAGAGGGAUUAUGGUUUCGCACUUCGGUUGGGGUUUCUUUCUCCCCCCCUUUUUGUAGUCCAUUUACACAGACUUUAUCCCCAGAUCAGUAGAUUUUCUCCUUUCUUAUAUAGUUUCCCCAAAGACUUCGAAGCAAGGGCCGUAAUUGUUGGUUCAUAUUCAGUUUUUUCUCCCACGUACUUUGGGCUGUCAGUUAGGGGUUGUUACAUCUGUCAGAUUGUCUGCAUGUGGGCCCAUUGUAGAAAGCUUGAUCAGCUGUGUAUUUUCAUCUGUUCUACACCCGUCUUUUCGUUGUCGCUCUCUUCCUUUUUUUUUAAACUCUUGCUGUUACACCCUAGUCUGUAAUGAAGGAAAGAGUUUCAUAUAAAAGGUACGUAUACUUGGUGGAAAAGAUUUCAAGUGAAUGACCUUUUUUGGUUCACAACAAUAAUUUAUAUGAACAUUUCAAUGAAUCACUCUAUUUUUGAGAAAUGUAAGAUUUUUUUUUUUUUUUGGAUGCCAGUCUGAGCACUAGUCAGAUUGAGCUAAAACCGUGUGUUUGUGAAAGUGAGAGAAUGUGUGCGAGGCGCUCAUGUCUAUACCACACUGUCUCACCGGUUACAACUGACUGCCUCUACUGCACCUGUACUGUUUUGAUAUUUAGAAUUUUUAAAGUUCGGUAGUUUUGUAGAGCAUUGUGUUAACUGCUGUUUGUGGAUCCAUAUUAUUGUAAGAUCUUUCUGUGUAUACUGAAUGCGUGUGCUUUCAAUGCAGUAUUCAGGUGAAGCAAUAAAUGUUCUGAUUUUAAAUGUG